AUGAGUUUGACUGUGCUCGAGUUAGUGCGAUCACGGGCUGCAGACGAAUCAAUGAAGUGGGCGCUGCAUCUCUAUCACCAACAGGGCCAAGGCAGUGGUCAUGGCACAUUGAACAAGAAUCCCUGUGACUUCUGGCGGGAGCAUGAGCAUCAAUAUCCUACACUCGCAAGCAUAACACGCGAUAUAUUUACUAUCCCUGCUAGCGGCGCUGGUGUGGAGCGUCUCUUUAACUCUGCUCGCGACGUCUGCCACUAUCGACGGGGUCGUCUCAAUGAGACCGCUGUACAAGACCUUAUGAUGUACCGUUGUAUCUCCGAGUUUGAUCUUGAUACAACAGAUCUUGCAGGUGAAUUCGAUGAGGAGGAAGAGCCUACCGCCGAAGAGAGACAGCAAGCAGCGCUACAAAGAGAGGCAAGACUAGGUCAAUUUACCCCGGUUCCAAUUAGCGAUAAUGAAGAGGAUGAGGAUGAAGGCGAAGAUGAAGAUGAAGAUCAAGGUGAAGCCAGCGAACUCUAG